UGCGUCAAUUCGGGUUUCAGCCACGUCUGGAGUCUCGGAGACAAGCUUUUCAGAAGAGCCAACAGGAACAGGGCAGGGCGGCACGUUGCUGAUAGAGAGCGCGGACCUUCCUCCAGCCCCUCCCGCUGCCGGUGCUGGUCCCCGGAUCCCCUGUGUUUCCUCUGGAAGCCUUGUUCCAGGGUCCUUCCAGGUGAAUCUGCCUGGAGUUCUUUCAGCACCUCGGACAGAGCACGCAGAAAACAUGGCUCCUAUCACCACCAGCCGCGUGGAAUUCGAUGAAAUUCCCACAGUUGUGGGCAUCUUCAGUGCUUUUGGCCUUGUCUUCACUGUCUCUCUCUUUGCCUGGAUCUGCUGCCAGAGAAGAUCAGCUAAGUCCAACAAGACUCCUCCAUACAAGUUUGUGCAUGUGCUUAAAGGAGUUGAUAUCUACCCAGAAAACCUAAGUAGCAAAAAGAAGUUUGGUGGAGAUGACAAGAGUGAAGCAAAGCGUAAAGCCGCUCUGCCCAACCUUUCCCUGCAUCUCGAUCUGGAGAAGAGAGACCUCAAUGGCAAUUUCCCCAAGACCAACCCCAAGGCUGACAACUCUUCUGAUCUAGAAAAUGUCACCCCAAAGCUCUUUACGGAGACAGAAAAGGAGGCCAUUUCCCCUGAGAGCUUGAAGUCCAGCACUUCCUUGACUUCAGAGGAGAAACAAGAGAAGCUGGGGACACUCUUCUUGUCUCUAGAGUACAACUUCGAGAAGAAAGCAUUUGUGGUGAACAUCAAGGAAGCCCAGGGCUUACCAGCCAUGGACGAGCAAUCCAUGACCUCUGACCCGUACAUCAAAAUGACAAUCUUACCAGAGAAGAAGCACAAAGUGAAGACCAGAGUGCUGAGGAAGACGCUGGACCCUGUUUUUGAUGAAACCUUCACAUUCUAUGGGAUCCCUUAUCCCCACAUACAAGAGCUGUCCUUGCACUUCACUGUUCUGAGUUUUGACAGGUUUUCAAGAGAUGACGUCAUUGGAGAAGUCCUUAUUCCUCUUUCAGGGAUUGAAUUAUCAGAUGGAAAAAUGUUAAUGACUAGAGAGAUCAUCAAGAGAAAUGCUAAGAAGUCUUCUGGACGGGGUGAACUUCUGGUCUCUCUCUGUUAUCAGUCCACUACAAACACGCUCACUGUGGUUGUCUUAAAAGCUCGGCACCUACCGAAAUCUGAUGUGUCUGGACUUUCAGAUCCCUACGUCAAAGUGAACCUGUACCAUGCCAAGAAGAGAAUCUCUAAAAAGAAGACUCACGUUAAAAAAUGCACGCCCAAUGCAGUGUUCAAUGAACUGUUUGUCUUUGAUAUUCCUUGCGAGAGUCUUGAAGAAAUAAGUGUUGAAUUUUUAGUUUUGGAUUCUGAAAGGGGAUCCCGGAAUGAGGUGGUUGGACGGCUGGUCCUGGGUGCCACAGCAGAGGGAAGCGGUGGGGGCCACUGGAAGGAGAUCUGUGACUUCCCCAGGAGACAAAUUGCUAAGUGGCACAUGCUCUGUGAUGGUUAGCUUCCUGGCCACAAGCUGCAACUUAAAGGUUUUUUUUUUUUUUUUUUUACUAGGCGAGUAGCAAUUUUCUUUCUUAUACACGAUUGUAAGCUUGUGGCACAGCAAGCUACUUUAUUAUUUAUUUUAUUUACUUACUUGUUUUGGUUAGAAGUGGAUUAAAUUAGUGGACUGAAAAAUGGUUGUAAGUGUGUAUUAUGGACUGAAAAAUGGUUGUAAGUGUGUAUUAUGAUGAUUUCCUCUUUUACUAGAGGUGUUGGCCAAAUUUUCAUAAGAUAUUCAGUUUCCCUCUGUGUGGUACUAAGUGGGCCAGCCAAGCCUGUUAUGAGCACUCUAGUUUAAUCUCAAGUCACUGAUGUGUGUUGUAGGUGAUGAUUUCAUUUUUGCCUUGGUAGUGAAAAUCAGGUGAUUGUUAAGCGUUAAGAACAAGAACCACACCUUUUUGUAUGAAAAUUAAUCCGUGUUUCUUCAGGAUGGGGAGAUAGGUUUUAUUUAAAUCCAAAGAUAUUUCCAAAAUGUCCUCAAGUCUGUUUUUUUUUUUUUUUAGUUAAAUAUGUCAUGUACAAAUGAUUGUCUUAUAUAUCAAAGUAUGCUGUCAUUGCCAUUGUAAUUAUUUGAUAUAAUCUCAUCAUAAAAGGGGUAGCUUAGGUUCAUUUCAUAAAGAUAACAAACAAGUUGAGAAAUUAAUUUAUUAAAGGGCUGAAUUGAAGAACACUGUGGUUGAAAUGAGAUUUUUUUUUUUGUUCCAUCACACGUGAGUCAUGUAAAAUUGAACUUCACCUAAGAACCAUGGUCUUGAAUUAUUCACUGCCUGUUAGAAGCCUCAGUGUGGCCUAAGAUACUCUCAUUUACCUUGUGAAGUUGCCAGACUAUUUAGUGGAAAAAAUAAACCUAAGCUAGAAUUUCAUUUAGGAAUACGGUUUUUUUU